CACGCGCUGUAAGGGUGCAUUGCAAAUUGGGAGCUUUCUCCUCUACAUCACCACCAUUUUUCGUCCCGCAAGAAUUUUACGUCGCCAUGGCUGCCCCAAGCUCCCUUCCAGCAUUGCUGGAUUCUCUCACACAGUCUCUGACGUCUACACUCGACGCUGCACCAAAAGUUUCCUCCAUUCAGCAGCCCCAAGACGGCAUCUCGCUCCUCCACGUGAAGAACGAACUACUGCUCGCUUACCUACAAAAUCUCGUCUUUCUCAUUCUCCUCAAGCUUCGCAACGCCAAGAGCCAGAAUGGCUCAUCCGACAAGAACGAUGAUGAUACGGACCCUGUGGUCAAGAAGCUGGUCGAACUCCGGCUGUACUUGGAGAAAGGUGUCCGGCCACUAGAAGAUAAACUACGCUACCAGAUCGAGAAGAUCCUAAGGGCGGCCGAUGAUGCCGAGCGGUCUUCCCGCGCCAUGAACUCGACGGAAAAGGUGAAAGGGACUCGCAAGUCGAAAAGCAGGACAGACUCGGGAUUCGAAUCGGGGUUGGAAUCGGGUUCACCAAGCGAGGACGACGAUGACGAUGACGAAGGCGGAGAAGGAGAGAGCGACGAGGAGAGUGCGGAGGAAGCCGAACAGCCCCAGGCGUCCCUGUACAGCGCCAGGCCCGAUGCCUUCGUCCGACCAGCAGCCGCCUCGGCCGCCGUCGCCGCGGCCGAGAAGGACGGCAUCUACCGCGCGCCCCGGAUCGCGCCGACCAUCAUGCCGUCGGAGCGGCGCGCCAAGGCGGCGGAGAGGCGACCGCACAAGUCAGCCACGAUGGACGAGUUCAUCGAGUCGGAGCUGUCGACGGCGCCCAUGGCGGAGCCCAGCAUCGGCACCAACGUGGUCGCGGGCGGUCGCAAGGUCAAGACGGCGGCGGAGCGCAAGGCCGAAGAGGAGCGGCGCGACUACGAGGAGUCCAACUUUGUCCGCCUGCCCAGCCAGAGCAAGAAGGACAAGGCCGGGCAGGCGCAGCAGAGCGGGCGCAGCGGGCGCAUGCAGUUCGGCGGCGAGGAGUGGAGGGAGCUGGGCGAGGGCGUGGACCGGAUCAACAGGCUCACGGCGCGCAAGGAGACGAGCAAGGGGACCAAGGCAUUGCUCGAGAAGAGCCGCAAGCGGGGACGGGACACUACGGAUGGUCCUCGGGAUAGCGGGCGCGGGCCGGAGAUUGGUGACAGGUUUCAGAAGCGCCUGAAGGUGUUGGAAGCUGGUAGACGGGACAGGGGCAAGGGUCGGUGAAGCGGUGAAGUCGGUGACAUGUGACAUCGGUGACAUCGGUGACGCCGGUGUAGAACGAAGUAGGUACCUACAACAAGACGGUGUCAAAUCAGCCGGCCAUUUCACAUGCCUCCAAUCGAGCAAUGAGCUAGCUAUGAUGAUCGACAACUCCAUAAUGGACCCCC